AUGAAUACAGUACCGUCCGGCGCACCACGCUCGUUGCAGGCGAUUCAGACAAACGCCACGUCCGUUGCUCUUCAGUGGGCUGCACCCGAUAUCCUGAAGAUGAACGGUGCAUUCCGUUCAUAUCAAAUCUCCUACGACACAGAACUUGGACAAGUGAAUGAGAGUACUGUGUCUACCGAUGUGCAGAUCACCAGUCUUGUCUGCGACAGGAACUAUACGUUUCGGGUCGCCUUGGUCAACGAGGUGGGAAUUGGACCGGCUGCAGAAACCGAGGGAAGGACAACGAGUGUUUUUGACAACCUGUGUUUACAACAGCUUAUGGACUGUGCCCUUUGCCAGCCGGGUUUUAACCGCACGUGUUACUCGGUUUACAAUGACACCUAUUGUCAGUGCAAUGCCGGUUAUCGUGAUGCGGCAAAACCAUCUCGACUCAACGUACUGCAGGCAAUCCGUGCAAACCCCGGCGAUCUCGGUAAGAUUCUCAGUUGA